GAAACUAAAGUCUACCGUCGACAAGCGGAAGCAACGUCUGCACACGCUUAUAUCCCAGCAUUCCUUUUUCCUCCUCCCUCUUUCCCCCUCAGCAGCCAUGUCUAAGAGAGGACGUGGUGGGUCAUCUGGAGCGAAGUUUCGCAUAUCACUGGGUCUCCCAGUGGGAGCGGUCAUCAAUUGCGCGGACAACACAGGCGCCAAGAACCUGUACAUCAUAUCCGUCAAGGGUAUCAAGGGUCGCCUGAACAGGCUCCCUGCUGCAGGUGUGGGUGACAUGGUGAUGGCCACAGUGAAGAAAGGAAAGCCAGAACUCCGAAAAAAGGUGCAUCCUGCGGUGGUCAUUCGACAACGAAAGUCGUAUCGUCGAAAAGAUGGCGUAUUCCUAUACUUUGAAGACAAUGCGGGGGUCAUAGUGAACGUCAAAGGGGAGAUGAAAGGUUCCGCCAUCACUGGCCCUGUUGCCAAGGAGUGUGCAGAUCUGUGGCCCAGGAUCGCAUCCAACGCUGGCAGCAUUGCCUGAUGUUGGCCUGGCUUUGUUUGUUUUCAAUAAAACUAUAAGAAAGUCUGGUC